UCGGGGCCACCUGUUUGCUGUGCUUCAGUUUCCUGCUCCUCAUCACUUCUUCAGCCGGACACAUUGGACUUGGAAAGGGUUUUGGAGAUCAUAUUCACUGGAGGACUUUAGAAGAUGGGAAGAAAGAGGCAGCUGCAAGAAACAAAAGAUCGCGUGAAAGAGUAGAGGAACAGGAUGUUCGGGUUUCAUUUCCGGGUUCCACCGGAAGUUGACGCAAACGUCCGCACAUGCGUGGCCCUAGAGAGGAUGCCGCUGGUGGUGUUCUGCGGGCUGCCGUCGAGCGGCAAGAGCCAGCGUACCGAAGAGCUACGCCGGGCGCUGGCCGGCGAGGGCCACACGGUGCACGUGGUGGACGAUGCUUCGGUGCUGGGCAACCAGGACGCGACGGUGUACGGCGACUCCGCCCGUGAGAAGGCGCUGCGGUCCGCGCUGCGGGCGGCGGUGGAGCGGCGCCUGAGCCGGCAGGACGUGGUCAUCCUGGACUCGGUGAACUACAUCAAGGGCUUCCGGUACGAGCUGUACUGCCUGGCGCGGGCUGCGCGCACGACGCUCUGCCUGGUUUACUGCAUACGCCCGGUCUGGCCGGGCCGCUGGUGUCAGGAGGCCGGCGCCGUGGAGGAGGAGGAGCCGCGCGCCGCCGGCUCACUAGCAAACGGGGCAGUCCCGCCUGCCGUCUCCAGGGAACUGGAUCCGGAAGAAAUCCCGCCGUCAAACCUACCAGCUGCAGGCGCUCUGGAGUCCGAGGAGCCCGCAAAGCCUGCUUCCAGUGCCUUUCCUCCCCAACUCUUGGAGUCCUUGGCGCAGCGCUUUGAAGAUCCCGACUCUCGGAACCGCUGGGACCGACCUUUGUUCACCGUGGUGGGUCUAGAAGAGCCGUUGCCCCUGGCUGAGAUCCGGUCUGCGCUGUUUGAGAUCCGGCCCCCCCCACCCCAUCAGUCUACGCAGUCCCAGCCCCUAGCCUCGGGCAACUUUCUGCACCAGUUGGAUCAGGCCACGAGCCAGGUGUUGACUGCUCUGAUGGAAGCCCAGAAGAGCGCUGUACCCGGAGAUGUGCUAACACUUCCUGGCACCACGGAGCACUUCCCGUUUACCCGGCCCUUGACCUUGGCGGAACUGAGUCGCCUCCGUCGCCAGUUUAUUUCCUACACAAAAAUGCAUCCCAACAACGAGAACCUGCCCCAGCUGACCAACAUGUUUCUUCAGUACCUGAGACAGAGUUUGCACUAAUAGAGGUAGUGGGAUGGCGCUCCUGUUUAAAUCCCACUGUGCUUUGUCUAGGAAGAAUGGUCAGAAAGUGCGCAGAGCGCACUGUAGUAGGGUUGCUAAGUUUGACUGACUUAUCAUCUUGACCGCCGCUGUGCGUGUCACACCUGCGUGUAUAGCAUAAGCUGAAGCGUAGGAGUCAGGUGGGCAGAGUUUUUCUUUGGUUGGACUCUCGCUUGGGGAUACUGCAUCGGGAUGGAGGAGAAUUGUUUUAAAUCAACUGAGUAGAAAAUGACGAUGAUAACAGUUUUGUACUGCCCUUCUUUCAUACUACGGGUAUUUUUGAGUACAGUUCCUCUUGCUGUCUAUCCUGGAGCAUCAAACACAGAUACAUCUUUUGUUCUGAGAACCAGAUGUUUGUGUAAGACAAUAAUUAGGUAUUUUCUCUAAUAAAAUCUUUUAAAGAUG